GUUUUUACAUUUUUACCAUUAUAACGAAUUGCACUCAUCAGAUUAUCACUAUUACGAUGGCACCUACAUCUAUACCAUAAGAGAGAAGUUUGACUUACAAAUUUACCACAUUUGAGGAUGUGGCAGCCACGAGGCCGGUCCACGCUGGCGCUGAGUCAGCAGGCACCGACGCCGUUCGGCCCCCGUUACUGGGCGCUGGGCCCGGUUGACGCCGCCGCCGCUAACCCUAUCCGGCCGAAUCGAUCCCCCCUCUCCUCCCACUUCCUUCCGCCGCAGUCUUCUUCUUCCUCCUCUUGCCGCGCUGCUCCUUCUUCGCUGCUCGCCCCGCCGCCGCCUCCAGCUCCCCUCCCCCCGUCCCUGCGCCAAGGUGGCCAUGUCCGACAGGCCUGAGUCUUCGAGCGCUAGUAGGUCAGGGAGGAGGCAGGAACGCGGCUGUAGCUCAACGCGCGUGCAUGCUGUGGCGUAUCCAACCGGCAAAGAAUCUGGACUUCCUUUGAUUGAAUGCCCCGACUGCGGUCUAGCCCGUGUGAUCGAGCUUCGCGCGAAGAAAGAUACAGUCAACAACGGGCGAACCUUCUUCAAGUGUCCGAGGAAUGGGAAUCCGAAGUAUUGUGACUUCUACCGAUUUCAGAAGGAUUACUUGGAUGAGCUGAUUCUCAAGAAGAUUGUCAUUAUCAAGUGUGAGCAGAUCGAAGAAGUGGAAGAAGGAUCGCACGGCAGCAUGAACGAUGAGGAAGAGAACCGCAGUAGGCUAGAGAAGUUAGAGAAUCUGACAUGGAAAAUGAAUUGUGUGUUUGUUGUUUUCGGCAUUGUUGUGUUAGCAAUGGUUGUGAGAUCAGUUGUAAUGGCUUGAGUUGAGCAUUGUGUUUGUUGGAGCCUGAUGUAUGAACCAUUAUCUGAUGUAUGAAUCUUUUGCAAUGCACCAGAUGUAUGAAUCUCUUGCAAUGAACCUGAUGUAUGAACCAUUUGCAAUGAAACAU